GUCCGAUCCCUGUCUGCGUUGCCUUCGUCUCGGAAAAUUCGAACGUUUUUCACGUCGAAGUAUUAUACAAAAGUGUGUCCACUCGGAUUUUUAGAAGAAAAAAAAAAUUACCGAAGCUAAAAAUCGACAGACCGCCGACUAAUUGUUCACAGACUCAAAAUUGUGUGCGCUUUUUCUUCUUCUUCGCUCUCUCUCUCUUUUUUCUAAUUUUAAUUUUUAAUUUUUGCGUGCCCGUCGAACUUAGCCCUUUUUUGGAUUGUCGACGAACCGACCGGCUUGAGUAUGCGGUUUUCCAAUCGUCGGGGUGCCGUCGGACCGGAGACCUAUGCACGGAUACACAUACCGCGGCCGACACAGUCUCAAAAGUUUUCCAGAAACUAAGUCGAGAUCCAGCAAUUCGAUGUUGAUGUCGGGUGAACUUCAAUCAUAACUGCGGCAUCCGAGUGCAAUCAAGUAAAUAUGUCAUGCACGAUGGACGAACAGAGCCAGAAGACGUCGCCUCGGGGACAGUCGUGCCGGGGAAAACCCCAAACCUUGUCAGUGGUUUCAGUCCUGUAUGUCAUGAUUUGCGUCAGAACCACAUACACCUUGCCGUUAGCCAGUUAUAGUAUUGGUGGCAACAUGAGCUUGUUGUCAAUGCAGCGUCUCAAGUCGUUCGUGGAUGACACUUGCUCGCUGGACCCGCACUGCCAGUGGACUUGGGUCCCUCAAGAAAACGGAUUAAGAAACGUGACAACGGACGAGGCAUUAGCAAUGGUACCGGAGAACUAUAUGUACGCACCCGGAAAUGACUCCGAUGUCGGCCAAAGAGGCAAUUUUCUCUUCGUGUAUGGCAGACCGGAAAUGGGAACCAUACAAAUCAAGAGUCCGUACUACACCCUCGGCGUGUUCGAAAACACCGGAUGUUCGUUGUCGUUUCAAAUGCAUACAAACGUCACUUUUCCCAAUAAGGUAUCUGUGAUGAGUCGGGCGCUCAACUACACAUCAAUGAUCCAAGACAAUCUCGAGAACAGCACUCCGACAAAAUGGGAAAAGAAAAAAGUGUUGUUAGCCAAGCACACCAGACAAGUGGUUAUCGAAAUAAUAAUGACACCGGGAUCUCACAUUGGCAUCGACGACAUUAAACUUGAGAAUUGUUUACCAGACGAUAUCAACGGAAUACCACAGAACGGAAGUUGUCCGACGGAUACGCAUUUCCUGUGCUCCGACAACGCCACUUGCAUUCCACAUCAUAGGGUUUGCGACAUCAGCCCUGAUUGCCCGGACGAAGGCGACGAAACCGAGAAAUGCCUUCGAGUGCCACUCGAAUCCCGUUGCACCUUCGAGUCUGGAUUUUGCGGCUGGCAAAACUCGUCCGAAGAGAUGAUGCUUUCGUGGAAACUGAACAAAGGCGACCGACAAAAAUUCACAGGGCCUAAAUGGGAUAACACCUAUCAAAACCGUUCGGGUACGUACGCUUAUGUGGACAUGUCAGGGCCGGCCCAUCUAGGAUCGGCGGCUCGAAUGGAAAGUGCUCAUUUUCAUCCACCUCCGCCUUACUGCUCCAACCCAGAGUCCAAAUACUACAACUCCUGCUAUAUAUCGUUUUUCUAUCACAAAUUCGGGUCGCAUAGUGGAUCGUUGGGACUGUACCUGGUAGAGACUCACGGUGAGGUAGACCGGAUGCAACGGUUAUGGUGGAGUUUUGGAAACUACGGAAACACUUGGCUUCGGACUGUUGUUUACUUGAAAAACAUCACCACGAGCUAUUACUUACAGUUCGAAGCCCGCAAGUUUAUGUCACAAAAAGGCGAUGUGGCCAUAGACGACAUAGCAAUGAGCCCCAAGUGUUUUGGCUUAGAUGUCCCCAAAGAAGAACUGAAGGGCUACAAGUACGAAACCGCUGGUGUCAAUGACACGAACACAUACAACGUCACUCCAUUGAAGAUUCCCGUGCAUCCGGAUUUCAUUAACAAAACCGUUUACAAAUUUACCACUUGUGGUUCGAAGGGCAGAUUGGGUCCUAGCAACAGAUCCUGUGAAAUAGCAUACAACAACAGCACUUCUGCGGUCAACGUCAUCAACGAUACUUACAUGGACGGUGUCCAAGUUUGGACCGUACCCGAAACUGGAGUUUACACCGUCAUCGCAAGCGGUGCUCGAGGAGGAAAAGGUGCCGACGGUAUGGGCAUAUCCAAAGGAGCCACAUCUAUUGCCGUGGUCGAGAUGGCUAAGAACCUACAGCUGCACAUCCUGGUCGGUCAAGAGGGCGGAGACGCUUGCAAAAAGGCCUACGAGAAGCACGACGGGGCUUGUCAACGCGAACAGUACUUCAGGACCGGCAACGCUCUCAGACAGUUGCACGACUUGCGGUUGCUUAACGGAGGCGGCGGUGGUGGCGGAGGAUCGUUUGUUUUUACAGGAACCCACGAAGACGGUUUUUUACCUUUGUUGAUAGGAUCCGGCGGAGGCGGUUUGGCCCAUGGUCCUUUUAAGGACGACCGGAGCCAACACGGAAACGGAACCAACGAUAGAUUGCCGUCCAUCACUGCACCAGCGUUUGGCGAGAACCCGGCAGGUGCUGGUGGCGGUUGGGCACCAGGAAACUAUUCGGACGAACAAAAAUACACAGGAGCUUCGGUGCUGGAAGGCGGAGCGGUCGGUGGACUGGCGUGCUACAAGAGUCGAGGAAACAUCAAGGGUGCCGGUGGCUUCGGCGGAGGAGGCGGUGGUUGUGUCGCCGGCGGUGGCGGUGGAGGCUACACGGGUGGACGAGCUUGGAGCAACAGUCAGACAAACGGCGAAGGGGGUUGGUCUUACUUGCCGGAUCACAAGUAUUUGUUCUACAGUGCCGUGUAUCCGGGAAGCCACUAUGGUCCAGGAGCCGUGACCAUCAUACCAGCGAUCGUGGGCUGCGGAUGCGCCUACCUAUGCGUGGCCAUCAACAAACUGCGCAACGCUGCAAUGUGCAUUUGUCCUAUGGACUUCAGACUUGGGGCGGACGGCAAAUCGUGUUCUUACCAAUCGGCUGAAACGAAUAAAAUCAUAAUUCUUAUCACCGGAAGCGUUUUUACUGUCGUUAUAAUUUGUAUUAUCAUGGGACUUUGUAUGUACCGCAAUUAUAGGAAACGAAAAGAGCGCAAAGAGACCGUCCAAAUACUCCAGAACGGUAUUCUCAGCUACAGCAUGAACUCCAGAAGUCGUAACGGCGACAUGGAAAUCAAUCCUAUUUACGAUUUUAACGGCCGCACUGUGUCGACAGACGAUUUGCCCAGGAUUGCUCGUGAAGACCUUCGGAUACUCAGAUCCAUUGGCGAGGGAGCGUUUGGAAUCGUUUACCGUGGAUAUUACCGGAAAUCCGGUGAAUCUAAGGACAUUAGAGUCGCGAUAAAGACGUUACAACCGAAAAAAGACAUGACCAACAUCGAUCUGAAAUUCGACGAUGACGCGGCUCAAGCCAAUCCCGAGUUAUUGGCGGAGGAAAAGAAGCGCAAAGAACAAAAGGAAGAACUUGAGAGCAUCCGGAGUUUCUUGGCCGAGGCGGUAAUCAUGAGUCAGUUCAAGCAUCCGAACAUUGUCAAGUUCAUAGGCAUCACGUUUGAAAAGAACUACAGGUUCAUCGUGACGGAAUUCUUGGCCGGCGGCGACCUGAAGGAGUUUUUGAGGAAAAAUCGUCCUUCGGUGCAAAACAAAGACACGAUUGUUGAUCUCAGCAUGAAAGACCUGUUGAAAAUUGCGUUGGACAUCGCCAAGGGAUGCAGAUACUUGGAAAAAUUGCAUUUCAUACACAGGGACAUUGCCGCCAGAAACUGCUUGUUGUCUUCGACCAGCCGAAGAAGAGUGACGAAAAUAGCCGACUUUGGCAUGUCCAGAGACGUUUACAGAAGUGAUUACUACAAAAAAGACGGACAAGCCAUGCUGCCAAUAAAAUGGAUGCCUACAGAAGCUUUGGUGGACGGCGUUUUUAACUCAAAAACCGACAUAUGGUCGUUUGGCAUAACUUUAUGGGAGAUACUGACGUUCGGUUCACUUCCUUAUCCCGGGAUGACAAACAAAGAGACCAUGAACUACGUAUUGCGAGGCGGGCGUUUGUCUAGACCAGGAACCUGCCCGGAGCCUGUUUUUAAACUUAUGUGCAUUUGCUGGAGGACGAAUCCAGGAAGCAGACCAACGUUUGAGACAAUACUAAAACGAAUCCGACUGUUUAUGCAAGAUCCGACCAUAAUCAAUUUUAAGCAACCAGUAGUAGGCAGACAAAAGGCGCCAUUACCUUACCGCGCUAUCCACCCGGAACCAGACGAGGCGAGUGGAUCUUUAAACGGAGCAGAACUUAGAGCAGAAAUUAUGGGCGGUGACGGCGAAGAGCAUCAGUACAUUACCCCAUUGCCUGCUGACGACCUGUUUGAUGAAGAGAAUGCUGGGCUGAUGAGAAACGCAGAGAGGUUCGGUAGACGUUACAGUGAUCCUAUGCUGGUGGACGACGGUCACAAUUUCAUAGAAGAUGACGACGAUGACGACGAAGACGACGACCGUGACGGCGAUGCUGAAGGCGUGGGCGAGGAAGACGAUGGGGCAUGUGCGUUUGGAGGAGAAGGACAUAAGGACGACGACGAUGAAAUGGAGGAAAGUGACGUAGAAGAAGAGGAAGAAGACGACGACGAAGACGAUAACGCCGAGGAGAUCUUCUUGGAAGCAGACCGCAGGCGAUUGGACAAGGAACCGAACGACUACUUAGGUGCACAGGCUCCUAACACUUACCCGAAAACUGUCAUCAGCAACGGUGCCGUCCCGUCUUAUAACUGGAACCGGUUCAAAGAAACAAGUUUCAUCAGCAUGAAAGAACCGGUAAGUCGACCGCCACGAGUGGAAGGGGAAGUUCCAAAUUACAGAAGAAGGAGAUCGUUUUCCGAACUCGAGGACAACCGCUCUUAUCCGUACACAGUGUCGGGUCAAGUCAGUUACAACGAGGCCCAUGACGGACAAAUAAGGUGCUGACACGAAGAAACUGGGACUAUGGUAGUCGAGUCCCUGGAAAUGAUAUAAGCAUUUUUUUUGUCCUUUCAAUAAGUCAACAUUGGUCAUUCACUCAUGUGUCGUAUUGAAGUACAUGCCAGGACACGUUAAACGUGUCCUUUUAAUGCGUUUUUUCCUUGUCAUAUAAUUUGCAAAUAUUAAUAUGUAUAAAAUGUACCUAUCGUAAUAGUAGUAAAUCUAAUUAUAAAUAUAGUAAAAAAAAAGCACCCGGAAACGACUAAAAUGGUAUAAUUUUGUGGCUAUAUGUUUCAUAUAGACAGGAUAGGAUUCGCAGAUAAGCAUUGAGGAUUCGGUUUUUCUGCGUCUAUAAAUUUAAUUUAUUUAGUCAGUCGACCACUUAUUGCUAUUGCAGUUAGUUCAUGGAAAAAAACGUGUGGCAAUCCGUUUAAGUAUAAGUAUUCGAGGUUUAUAUUGAUUAUAAAAAUACGGUGUGAACCAAAUAAACAGCUUUUGCUUUUAUCAAAUCCCUACAUUCGAAUAUUCGAUAAUGCGAAUACUGGGCAUGACUACAUGUAGUAGGCUUGCAAAUACGAAUUGUGUAAUUGUGUUGGAUUAUACCUAAACUGCAAUAUAAUACAAAUGUUGAGUGUUUUUUUUUAUAAAACGAUACAUUGAAACAAUGUGAUAUAGCAGUUAAGUAUUGUAUUAUUUUGAAAAUAAUAAAUUAUACAAUAUUUAAUUUUACAAGAAUAAUAUUUAUAUCGGUUUAUUUUUAACGUCAUACGAGCUGCUCAAAACAUUGUAAUUAUUAUAGAAUCAUUCAGCCAAACGUUAAAAAACAAUUUUUUUUUUUAAUAUUUGACAAGCGGAUAAUUUAUGAUAAGUAGUUAAAUAUGUUUAGACAAUCUCUAGCGUUUAACUAUGUAAAGUGUAGUACAAGUUAUACAAAAUAUAGUUGUUUUGAAAACCGGGAUAGGUUACACUUAUUCUCUUUGCCGUUCCACAUGAUACGGACCUUAGAAAUAUAUGCAAAUUUGUAUGGGUUAAAAUAAACCACAAAUCAAUAUUAUAUUGUGUUUAUUUACAAUGUAAAUUAUAAUGGGUACGAUUGCGCAGUAAUGCGUUUUGAUGUUCUAGUAAUUUUUAAUAAUAGUAUACAGCCCAAAAUUUGUAUCUUCCACGGUUUGUCCUUAAGUUUAUACUUAGCUAUGCCCCUGGUAGUAAUUGGUUGUGUGAUUAAAGUUAUAAUCUAAUGGUAGUUUCUUAAAAUUAAUAGUUUAAUUUAUUAAACUUACAUAAAAAGAACUAAAAAAGUACCGUUUUCUACUCUAAUAAUAAAAUAGUCUAAAUGAAUGAUUAAAUAUAGGUAUUUUAAU